UCUUUGGACUGUGUUAGUCAUCUGUGUUCGUUUCAGAGAAUGUGCUAGUGGAUUAUAGAUAAGUGUGUGGUUAAGGUGCGAAGAAAAUUGGCAAUAAUAGUGGGUUUGGGAAGUGCAAGGGAAAUACAGUAUAUGAUAUACUGCGUGUUUGUUGCGGCCUCACAUAUAUAAUAUUAUAUCACAAUGGCGGAAUUUGUGGAAUACCGCGCUGAAGGAAUGAUUCCGGAGUUGGAACAGAUGGGACAAAUUGGUCUGUUCGAAAAGCAUGAAGUAAGAACAAUUGUAAAGAAGAGGAAAGAAUUUGAGUACAAGAUUCAGCGGCGUACAAAAUGUAAAGAAGACCAUCUUAGAUAUAUACAGUAUGAAAUGUAUCUUCUUGAACUAACAAAACUUCGCAGAGAGAAAAUUGGUGUGACUCAGAAGAAGGCUGAUAUUGAAUAUGUAAUAGCAAAUAGAGUCAACAGACUAUUCAAACAGGCUAUUCAGAGAUUCAAAGAUGAUGUUACAUUGUGGAUUACUUAUAUUAAAUUCUGUAAGCAGAUGCGCUUCUACAGCUAUGUGAGUCGCACGCUAGUGCAGAUGCUGCAGGUGCAUAGUGACAAACCAAACUUAUGGUGCUUUGCUGCCAACUGGGAAUUUGAAGAGAGUCACUCAGUUGAAAAUGCUCGUCAGUUCCUUCUGCGUGGUCUGCGCUUCCAUCCUGAAUCCAGAAUGCUCUAUACUGAGGCAUUUCGUUUGGAACUGCAAUACGCAGCCAUGAAGCAGAAGCAGCGACGUGAAAAACAGGAGGCAGAAGAGAAGAAGAAUGCAGUGGGUGAGGGAAGCAGUACCAGUGCCCCUUCAAGAAAGGAAAGUCAAGGGAUAUCAGGACAAACAGAUGGCGAACAGCAAGAAACAGAAUCGGUUUCAGAUCAGGUUUUGGAAGGCCGUUUGGCUGAGGUUAUUUAUGAAACAGCAAUCAAGAAGAUUCAUGAUGUUCAUUUCUUGAUUGAUUUACUAGCUAUUGCUAAGGAAUACGACUUCACGGCCAAACUCCAAUCACAGAUGGUGAAUUACCUGAGAGACACAUUUUCAAAUGAUGAACUGAUGUGGGAUACCGUGGCUCACCGUGAGCUUGAAGGAUUAACCUAUAUAGACACACAAUCCCAGGAAGAGAGUAGCCCUAUGACUGCCUCUCCAGGUACCAGUGAAACAAAUGAAGAUACAAUGAAGAACAGUGAGAGCUACUUAUUGAAGCAGAGAAUCAAUUACAGUUACCUGAGAGACACAUUUUCAAAUGAUGAACUGAUGUGGGAUACCGUGGCUCACCGUGAGCUUGAAGGAUUAACCUAUAUAGACACACAAUCCCAGGAAGAGAGUAGCCCUAUGACUGCCUCUCCAGGUACCAGUGAAACAAAUGAAGAUACAAUGAAGAACAGUGAGAGCUACUUAUUGAAGCAGAGAAUCAAGCUGUGUUGUGAAGUGUAUACAGCCGCAUUAAAGCAGCUGCCGACAGAUAGAAUGUGGUCUUUAUAUUUGGAGAUGCUGGUAGAGUUAAAUGAAGACCUAACUCAUCUCCCUGAUUUCAAGAGGAAUCUUCUGAGAGAUGCAUUUGAAGGUGCCCAUAGUGCUGGGUGUAUGCAAGAGAAGUACUACCUCCUUUGGGUGGAUAAGUUGAAAUCACUAGGAAAUUUAAAAAAGAUGGAGGAUGUGCUUAGAACAGCAACUGAAAGGCUGCCUUCGAGUGUUGAGCUCUGGCAGGUACGCCUCUGUUUUCAUCUGUCAAGAGAUGACGAGAAGCUUGGUCUGGCAGUGUUUCAGGAUGCUAUGGCAAGACUGGGAAGUGACAAUGAGACUGCUCUUCCACUGUGGAAGGUAAUGCUGCAGUAUUACCAAACAAACGACAUGCUUAAAGUUGAACAAAUGUUCCAGGAUGGUAUUAUGCAACAACCUGCUAUAUCCGUGCCUCUGAAACCUCUGUAUUUAGAGUGGUUGGUUUCGUAUAAAGGUAUUGUUGCGGCAAGAAAAAUGUAUCAGUCAAUGUGUAUCCAGCCUCCUUUGUGCUUGGAAUUGCAUACCAAGAUGGCUGCUUUAGAAAGUGUUCAGUCUAAUAUGAAUCUGAAAUAUGUACGCAGAUGUCAUGAAAUGGCCUGUGAUCAGUUUGGAAAAACUAAUACUGGUGUGUGGAUGGAAUAUAUCAAGUUUGAGCAAAAUUUAGGAGAUGCUAAGAAAGUGAGUGACAUUUAUUUGCGAGCAGUGAGGAACCUAGAUCCUGUGAACACUGAUAUUUUUGUGAGUGAAUUUAGUUUGCUGAAGACUGGCAUGACAAUGGUACAGGAGCACACAUCAUGAAUGAAUAUACUGUGAUUGAUGAAGAGUGGUAAUUUUGUACAUUGAGCUUCAAGGCCAAGUUAUGGUUGAGUCUAGGUGAAAUGUUUAGGAUGAAACUGUUAAACUAAGAUGGAAAAUCUGGUAAGAGUGAUUUUGACUUACCUCUAGUAGGAUCUACAAGGUAUCAGGAGGAGUUCAGGAUUGUGUUCAAUCAAAUAAUCGUGUUCAUUCUGUUUGUGUAAGUACUCCUGUUAUGGUAUUUCAGUAUUCAGUGGGAAUGUGAAGCUGAGUACUCAGUUUGGUCAAAGUAAGAAUUUGUUGCUCCUCCACACCCCCAUAGAUCUUCAUGGCUUAAUGCAGGCAUAUCAGUCUCAAUAUCUACAAAGGGUGACUUGAAAAUUAGAUGACUGUUCUGGGGGCCAUCACAUGGGUGGUGAAAAUCAUAACUGGCUGCUGUUACUAAUUAACAGCUUGAGCUUGGAAUAUAUUUCUCACUUAAUUUCUGCUUUAUUUGGAAUAUAAAACAGUGGUACACAAAUGGCAAUUAAAUCCCAAGAUUAUGAUUGUAUCACUACAUAUUUUUUACAUUAUUUAAAACAGUCUGUUUCUUAGCUAAACAUCUGUAUAAAAACAGUGUCUAGCUUAAUGUCAGUAAAUGGUUAAUGUUACCAAUAUUGCUUUUUACUUAA